GAAGCCUUCCGGCCUUACUAACACAAUUAUCGUAAAGACCAUUCCAGGAACAUUCUUCUGCUCCUUUCAACGGCGCCAGCCCUUGGCGACUACGCAUUUCUGAUGAUUUUCUCAUCUCCUCUAUCACUUUACAGUAAUUAACAUACGCCAAGGUCCAAUCUUUGUUUCCUUCACAGAAUAAUGCUCUAGAAGCUAUAGGUAAUAUUCUAUCCAGAUCAGAACUCGCUUCCAUACUCCCAGCUUCUUCGUGACUCCAGAGUAGUUGCUAAGUGGAGAUUUAGGUCCUCCAGUGUUUUCGUUCUAAACCAGUGGUAGCAUUGCUACCUAAAUGUCCAACUGCUACAUACCUAUAGCGAACGAACAAGCAGGUGUAGCAGACUCGCUAAAAUAUACUCAAGUGCAUUUAAGAUUAUCUAAACGAAGUAUCGGAGCUCACACCAGUUUUGAAGAAACUGUGAGUUUUCCUCCUUGAAAACACACUCACUCUUUAAAAGAGAUGAAAUGCUUCACAAUGUCGACUUGGAGAAAUCCAGGUUUGGUAGUAUUCUCCAGGUCGAUGAGUAAGACUGCCAAUUUUACCGGACUCAUUGAAAAUGAACUCCAGCAAGUAUCCCCAGGAAUCCGAAAAUUACUUUCCUCAAGAUUUGAAGAACUUUCAAAAUGCUCUAGAUACUAUACCGUAGCACAAGGAAAGCAGAUGAGACCUUCAUUAGUCCUGCUGAUGUCUAAAGCAACGAGUUUAUGUAGUGGAAUUGACCAAUCUCUUGUUGGGUCAAGCUUUUUGGAAGAUGACGCUCCGGAAUAUAUUUCAACUGGACAAGUUCUACCUUCUCAGCUUCGACUAGCUCAGAUCACGGAAAUGAUACAUACUGCCAGUCUGUUGCACGACGAUGUAAUUGACCAUGCCAGUGUCCGUCGAGGACAUCCUUCCAGUAACGUAGCUUUUGGAAACCGAAGAUCUGUUUUGACAGGAAAUUUCAUUCUUGGAAGAGCGUCAACGGCGAUGGCUAGAUUACGAAACCCAAGAGUAACUGAGUUAUUCGCAACAGUCGUUGCUGACUUAGUUCGUGGUGAGUUUCUUCAGCUGAAAAAUACAGUCAAUACAAAUACCUUGGAGGCACAGGCUUUUCAUUUUGAUUAUUACAUCGAAAAAACGUAUCUGAAAACAGCAAGCCUUAUCUCGAAAAGCUGUCAAUCUGCUGCUAUCUUAGGUCAAUGCUCUCCUACUGUUAUACAAGCUGCUUCUGACUUUGGUCGAUAUGUUGGUACUGCGUUCCAAUUAAUGGACGAUGUUUUAGAUUAUACUUCCAAGGACGAAACUUUGGGAAAAGCUGCUAAUGCAGAUUUAAACCUAGGGCUCGCAACUGCUCCUGUAUUAUUUGCCUGGAAGCAAUAUCCGGAACUGGGAGCAAUGGUGAUUAAUCGCUUUAAUUGUCCUUCUGACGUGAAAAAAGCACGUGAGCUUGUUGAAAGUACAGACGGCAUACAAUCAACUGUUAAAUGGGCAAAAGAUUACAUAAAAAAAGCCCACGAAGUAAUUCAGUGUAUACCGGAUUCACCUGCCCGACAGGCUUUACAUGCUGUGGCAGAAAAAGUCGUUGCUCGAAACUAUUAA